GACGCGAGUCUGAACUCCGAAGAAAACCAACCAAACUCCCAACCAUCGUUGCCUCCCUCGCUCUGACCUCUCUCUCUUUCGCCUCCGCGGCCGGCCCCGCGCCUCCCCCCCCCCCUCCGGCCUCCGACGGCGACCGCCCACCGCCUCCCGCUUGCUUCAGAUCUCCUCAUCCUCCCGCCCGCCGGCCGGGCCCCGCGCCCGCUCGCUUUCUGUCCCAUAUAACAACGCCCCCUCCCUACCGCUCACCGAACGCGCGGCGACCUCUGAUCCCUCCCUCCCUCCCUCCGCGAUCCCGGCCGGACCCGUCGAGCUCCCGGGAUCUGGUCGUGGCACGCUCCGGGGAGGGCUCCCGGCGGAAAUGGAGGUCUUCGGCCCCGUCACCGCCGGCCAGGUGUCAUUUUUGCUUGCUCUAUUCCCUGUCCUCAUUGCAUGGGUCUAUUCAGAAAUCUUGGAAUACAGAAAAUCUUCGUCUAUGAAAGUUCAUUCUGAUUCUAAUUUGGAGAAUGGAACUGUCAAAGAAGAUGAUAAAACAGUAUUGCUUGAAGGAGGCCUGUCAAAGUCACCAUCUACAAAGUUUCGGAUCAAUUCUACAAAAGCAAACCUCAUAAGGUUCAUAACAAUGGACGAGUCUUUCCUGUUGGAAAAUCGUGCUGUCUUGAGAGCAAUGGCAGAAUUUGGCAUCGUUCUAGUUUAUUUCUACAUUUGUGAUCGGACAAAUAUUUUUCCAGAAAGCAAGAAGAGUUACAACCGCGACCUGUUUCUGUUUUUGUACAUUCUUCUCAUCAUAGCAUCGGCAUUAACAUCACUUAAGAAGCACCAUGAUAAAUCAGCAUUCUCAGGGAAAUCUAUACUCUAUCUUAAUCGCCAUCAAACGGAGGAAUGGAAGGGCUGGAUGCAGGUCCUGUUUUUAAUGUACCACUAUUUUGCCGCCAGUGAAAUAUACAAUGCAAUUCGUGUUUUCAUUGCUGCCUAUGUCUGGAUGACUGGAUUUGGGAACUUCUCAUACUAUUAUAUUAAGAAAGACUUUAGUCUUGCAAGAUUUGCUCAGAUGAUGUGGAGACUUAAUUUUUUUGUGGCUUUCUGUUGCAUUGUCCUUGACAAUGAUUACAUGCUCUAUUACAUAUGCCCAAUGCACACCCUCUUUACUCUUAUGGUAUAUGGUUCCCUUGGUCUCUUUAAUAAGUAUAAUGAGAUACCCUCUGUGAUGGCUAUGAAGAUUGGCAGCUGCUUCUUAGCAGUCAUCUUGAUGUGGGAAAUUCCUGGUGUAUUUGAGCUGCUGUGGAGUCCAUUUACGUUUUUGCUAGGCUACAAGGACCCAGAGCCUUCAAAAGCAAACUUACCACUGUUGCAUGAGUGGCAUUUCCGAUCUGGUCUUGAUCGUUAUAUAUGGAUUAUUGGAAUGAUCUAUGCUUACUUCCAUCCAAAUGUUGAAAGAUGGAUGGAGAAGCUUGAAGAAUCUGAAACUAAGGUUAGGUUGUCAAUUAAGGGAACCAUCAUUAGCAUUUCCUUGCUGGCUGGUUAUUUGUGGUAUGAGUAUAUUUACAAACUAGACAAACUUACAUACAACAAGUACCAUCCAUACACAUCAUGGAUUCCUAUCACUGUUUAUAUCUCCCUACGGAAUUGCACUCAGCAGCUUAGAAACGUCUCUUUAACUCUCUUUGCUUGGCUUGGCAAGAUUACACUAGAGACCUAUAUUUCUCAGAUCCACAUUUGGCUCAGGUCUAACAUGCCUAAUGGGCAGCCAAAAUGGCUCCUCUCUUUCAUUCCGGGUUACCCAUUGCUCAACUUUAUGCUUGCUACAGCAGUAUAUCUUCUUAUAUCAUACAGAGUGUUCGAGCUGACAGGUGUUUUGAAGUCAGCUUUUAUUCCCAGCAGAGACAACAAUCGUCUAUAUCAAAAUUUUGUUGCUGGGAUUGCCAUCUCCGUAUGUCUGUAUUGCCUCUCUAUUGUACUUCUUAAGAUUCCCAUUGUAUAGGUAAAUGACUUGAACAUCAACAGACAACACAAUCAAUGCAUCUAUUAUAUAGACGCCAAAAAGGUUUUGUGGUGCAGUUCCAGGAAAAAAAUCAAGAAAAUGCUCACGGUAGAAGUUUGCUUGUGUGAUGUUUAUUAGAAUGAGUCGGCUCCUAGUUCCACCUUGCAGAUGGAUAUAAGUGCACUCUAAAAUAGUUAAGAGAAUGUGGCCGAAUUUUGUUCCCCCCUUGGGGAAAUGUAUACUAUACAUUCAGGCAA